AUUUUACUAUAUCAUCGUAAAUGUUAAGCUCAAAUACGAACUUAGUCAAGUCCCAUAUUCAGCCUUUGGUUAUGUUGUCUUUGAUCUGAUACUGGGUUCUUCUCGCUUCAUCUAUUUUGGUUUGUUUUAGGGUUUAAAGUCGGAACAUAGACUGAGGGAUUCGUGAGAGCUUGAUGGUUUAUUGUUAGAAUCUCAGAUGUGGAUUUAAGCCUUCACUGAACUAACGAGUCUAUGGAAGAAGCAAAAAUCCUUGGUAUACAGUAUCUGUUGUGAGGAAUUUGGGGGAUAAAGGUGAAGUCUUUGCGUGUGUAAUCUUGAGAUAAGAUUGGAUGGUGGGAAGAGAAGAUGCGAUGGGGAAUGAUGAGGCUCCUCCUGGUUCUAAGAAAAUGUUUUGGCGGUCUGCCUCUUGGUCUGCUUCACGGACUGCAUCACAAGUUCCUGAGGGUGAGGAGCAAAGUCUCAACAUUCCCUAUGCAAAUAGUUCUGGGCCGAGCCGAAGAUGCCCAGCGGCUCCUUUAACACCUCGUUCACAUCAUAACAGCAAGGCUAGAGCUUGUUUGCCACCAUUGCAGCCUCUUUCCAUUUCUAGGAGGAGCUUAGAUGAGUGGCCUAAGGCGGGCUCCGAUGAUGUCGGUGAGUGGCCUCAUCCACCAACACCUAGCGGGAACAAAACCGGGGAGAGAUUGAAGCUCGAUUUAUCAUCAACGCAGCAGCGGGUCUCAGAUAAGAGCUCUGGUCUAGCUAAGAGGGAGAAGAUUGCUUACUUUGAUAAAGAAUGUUCAAAGGUUGCUGAUCAUAUAUAUGUGGGUGGAGAUGCUGUGGCGAAAGACAAGAGCAUAUUGAAAAACAAUGGAAUCACGCAUAUCCUAAACUGCGUUGGUUUUAUCUGUCCGGAAUAUUUCAAGUCUGAUUUUUGUUACAGAUCCUUGUGGUUACAGGAUAGUCCGUCAGAGGAUAUAACUAGUAUUCUGUACGAUGUGUUUGACUACUUUGAAGAUGUGAGGGAGCAAAGUGGAAGGAUCUUUGUUCAUUGUUGUCAAGGGGUUUCACGAUCUACCUCGUUGGUAAUAGCAUAUCUGAUGUGGAGAGAAGGGCAAAGUUUUGAUGAUGCAUUUCAGUAUGUGAAGUCUGCUAGAGGUAUUACUGAUCCUAACAUGGGAUUUGCUUGCCAAUUGUUACAAUGCCAAAAGAGGGUUCAUGCGUUCCCCCUUAGCCCUACUUCCUUACUUAGAAUGUACAAAAUGUCUCCACACUCUCCUUAUGAUCCUUUGCAUCUUGUUCCAAAACUGUUGAAUGAUCCAUGCCCGUCUUCUCUGGAUUCAAGAGGUGCAUUUAUCAUUCAGUUACCUUCUGCAAUUUACAUUUGGGUUGGUAGGCAGUGUGAAACCAUCAUGGAAAAAGAUGCAAAAGCUGCUGUUUGUCAGAUUGCUCGAUAUGAGAAAGUCGAAGCACCUAUUAUGGUGGUCAGAGAAGGCGAUGAGCCUGCUUAUUACUGGGACGCUUUUGCAAGCAUUUUGCCUAUGAUUGGGGGCUCGGUAAUUAAAGUUCAGCCAGGUGACAGGAAGGUCGACGCAUAUAAUCUGGAUUUUGAGAUUUUCCAGAAAGCCAUCGAGGGAGGUUUUGUGCCAACUAUAGCAUCAUCCAACAACGAACAUGAGACUCAUCUUCCUGCAAGGGAAAACAGUUGGAGCUCACUGAAAUGUAAGUUUGCAUCAAGGUUUGAGAAGGGUUUUCGGUAUGUCUCCAAAACGCCACUAUCUAGGGUCUAUUCUGAUUCGAUGCUGAUCGUGCAUUCAUCAGGCUCACCUUCGUCUACAACUUCUUCGUCAUCCACUGCGUCGCCUCCUUUUCUUUCUCCUGAUUCUGUAUGUUCAACAAAUUCAGGCAAUAGCUUAAAGAGUUUCUCACAAUCCUCUGGGCGCUCGUCCUUGAGACCUUCUAUUCCACCAUCGUUGACAUUGCCCAAAUUUUCCAGCCUAUCUCUCCUCCCUUCCCAAACUUCUCCUAAAGAAUCUGGUGGUGUCAAUAAUUUUCCACAGCCUUACAUUGAACCGUCACCAAAUAGAAAGGCUUCACCUUCUCUUGCAGAGCGUAGAGGCAGUCUCAAAGGAUCUCUAAAGUUGCCAGGUUUGGCUGAUUCCAACAGAGGCACACCUGCUUUUACUUUACAUCCGGAUGAUAGUAAUGACAUAGUCUUUAACUUGGAGGGUAUUAGAAAUGGCGAUCUAAAUCCACCAAGUGAUUGCAAGGGGACAAGUGCAGAUUCAGAUUUGGCACAGAAGGAAAUUAUAUCCUUAAUCAGUUGCAGUAAAUCUGACAGACACAAAUCGGGAGGUGAUAACUCGGGCCAGCCUUUAGCAUGUCGGUGGCCAAGUAUGGAGAUGAUUACAAAACUGAGUAGAGCUUACUUAGAUUCAGAAUCUGUUAUAGCAAUCCCGUUGCCAAGUGAUGCCGUAGGAGAAACGGGUAGUAGGAUUUUGUACAUUUGGAUAGGAAAGUCAUUCUCUUUGGAUAACAACUGUUCUCUAAUAGAUAGCAACAAAGCGGCGGACACUGUGGAGAAUGUUGAUUGGGUACAGAUUGGUGAAUCCAUUUUGUCUCAGAUGGACUUGCCAAAAGAUACCCCUAUAAAGAUAGUUAGGGAAGCUGAGGAUCAGACAGAGUUUCUUGCACUGCUGAAUUCCUUCAACCGCAACACUUUUCCAUUUCCAGACAGAGUAUUCAUUCAGCUCAGGGAUCUAGCUCUCUGUGCUUAUGGAAGUUGAUGUUGGGGGAAACAACUCUCUUGUACAGUGAGAAAAAACAAACUACUACUUCUAUCACAUCAAAUCCUCAAGGGCCAUUAUUAGCAUGAUCAGAUUAUAAAGUUGUAAGAUUAGG